AGUGCUGCAGCGUGGCUGCGAAUAGCACCGUAGUGAGGCUGGGCAUGGGGUCUCCUGUGCCUCCGGCUGGCUAAUCCGCUCCCCUGAGGGGUGGUUAUGAGGCCCGUGGAAGGAUUCUGCCCUGGGCUAUGCUCUGGUGGUCGCGUUGGUUCAGCUCUCUGGUUCUCAAACUUCACUGCUGUGGCCCCCUUCUGACAACAAAAUUUACCAUAUGAGCCCAGGAGAAGGGACCAAAAAGCGAGCUCCACCCCCCCCCCCCCCCCGGGGGGCCCAACCUGAAGUCCAGGGGACAUGUGACCAUAGCCCUGGACAGUGACACUUGGGCUUUUGACUUGCUGGGGCCAGCAUCAGUCUUGGGAACCCCAUAGAGGAUCACAACCCACUUUGGGAUUGUAACUCACAGUUUGAGAACCACGGAUCUGUUUAGAGUGCUUAGGGCAGGGGUGGGGAACUUUUUUAGGAUUGGUGGCUGCUGACCCACAUAAAUACAAGUUGGGGGCCACAUAUGAGUGAAAGGCAACGAAACCCUCACUAACAUGGCCCUUGGGGGGGAGGGGAGCCCUGAGCCUCAGGGGCUGGAUCUGGCCUGAGCCAUAGGUUCCCCGCUGCUGAUAUAGGACCUGGAGGCUAUGUCUACACAGGGCCGGCCCACAACAUUUUGGCAUCUGAGAUAGGAAAAGACUGAUAAUAUGGCAACUGCCCAGAUGCAGAGAAAUUCUAUGAGUGCAGUAAUAUUUCCAAAUAAAAUAUGUACUGAACAGCAGUCUUUAGUAUUGGUGAAGAGACUCCUAGCAGUAUCAGUAUCUUGCAUUACUUAUCUAAGAGGAAUUUUUCCAGAAUGUGCCUAUGGAACAAGAUAUCUAGAUGACCUCUGUGUCAAAAUUUUGAGAGAAGACAAAAACUGCCCUGGAUCCACUCAGUUGGUGAAAUGGAUGUUAGGUUGCUAUGAUGCUUUGCAGAAAAAAUAUCUUAGAAUGGUUGUCCUUGCGGUCUACACCCAUUCAGAAGAUCCUCAGACCAUUACAGAAUGUUAUCAGUUCAAAUUCAAGUAUACCCACAAUGGGCCGGUAAUGGAUUUCACCAGUAAAAAUAAAAGAAAUGAUUCCAACAUCACAUGUACAGACACUAAGAAAGCAAGUAUCCUCCUGAUUCGGAAGAUUUAUGUUCUGAUGCAGAAUCUGGGCCCUUUACCUAAUGAUGUGUGCUUGACUAUGAAGCUUUUUUAUUAUGAUGAAGUUACACCACCUGAUUACCAGCCUCCUGGUUUUAAAGAAGGUGAUUGUGACACAAUGAUAUUUGAGGGAGAGCCAAUGUACCUAAAUGUGGGUGAGGUACCAACCCCUUUUCAUAUGCUGAAAGUUAAAGUGACAACUGAGAAAGAAAGAAUGGAAAAUAUUGAUAAAAACUUGCUAAAGCAAGGAGACUCUAAGAUGCCUACGCAAUUAAUCAGAUUGGACAAAGAUCAUCCAGAAGAACAGGACCAGCAAAUAAAUGAAGAUUUUGUUGCAGAUAAUAAAAUGGAAGUUCAGAAAAAUGCAAAUACAUCAGUAAAAGUUGGAGAAUUAAAUUUAACUUGUGAAGAAGAUGAACUUACGAGGUCUGAAGAAAGCCAGAAUAAACCUGUUUCUAAUUCUCAGAUUGAUCAGUUAGCAACUAAGACAUCUGAACUUGAUGUGUCGGAGGGUAGGACAAGAAGUGGAAAAACAUUUCAUAUCAACACAGUUGGUGAAAAUCAGGCUCAGGAACAUUGCAAAAAUGUUUUAGUAGCUAAGUGUUCCAAAGAAGCCCAGAAGAGAAAUUGGUCUGAGUCUGAAAAACAUGUUCAUCAAUAUACACUCUCUUCUAGUCAAGAUUCACUGCCAAAAAGGAGAAAAUUUAGUGAACCAAAGGAGCAGUUUUAGAUAUAAUCUCGCUGCUGUUUAUUUAUGGAUUUCUUCGUAAUAUAGCUUUCAUUUCGUGUUUAAUAUGAAUAUUGUUAAUAUUAAAGAUUUUUUUUUGUUUUCAUACGCAGUCAAAACACAAAAAUUAUACACAAGAAAAAUUCUGUCAAGACAGACCCCAAUUUUUGCAAAUUGAAAGUUAUUUUUUAAAGGGGAUUAUAUUCCAGUUUAGGAUAUACAGUGCAUAUCCAUUCAUCUGGUCUGACAAAAACUUUUUAAGAAAGAAGAUUUUUAGUGAAUGCCUUCAAUAACAGUUUUCCUUUUGAGAUUUUGCUGAAAUCCUAAUGGUGGUACAAUGUAAUGUACACCAUUGAAACUGAAACUGUAAAGUUUCCACUUGUGUCUUUUUCUGGACUAUGCUCAGUUUUGGUAGAAUUACAUGUCAGGAAAUGGGUUAAGAAAAUUCUAUAGUUAUUUUAUAAUAGUACUAUUGCUUCUAAUUUUAUUACCUCUAAGAAGCAAAUUUCAGGUUGCCUGUUUGUGUUCAUUUAUCCCAUUGGCACCUUACCCAACUUUGAAAAAGAAAAGAACAGCAUUUACCUCUUUAGUUCCUAAAUUUACAUUGAAAUGUAGAAAUCCAUAUGCAGCUCUGAUGCCAGAUACACAAACAGCUAACAUUUGUUAUAAUAUUGUGUCUGCAAGGCAGCUAUGUAACAGGAUAUAACUAAAUAUCUGAAAAAUAGACAGUUCAACUUUUAUAUGCAAUGAUUAAUUGCAACUAUCAGAAACAGUACCAUUGCAUGUUGUUCAAAAAAUAUUUUUGCCUUCAUAAAUUUAAAUGAACUAGAAUAGUGCUCUUUAUAAAUAUAGGUAAUGACUACUGCUGUAUGAAGGUGAAUAGUUAAACAUUUCUUUCUUGAAUUUUAACUUUUAAACUAAGAAUACCUUAUUGUCCUACUUCCUAAUGAAAACAGUGUUAUAUAAUAAUUUACUACAAUGUAUUUAAAAAUAUAAUGGUCCAUAAAUUUGAUUUGAUGAUAGACUUUUUUAAUGAAAAGUUCAUAAAGGCUGAGGAACUGCACUUGAUGUGUCUUCAGUGUUUUAGUGUCUCCCACUUUCACGGUUCAAAUAAAAUAUUAACUAUUGACAAACAAA